CCUCCCCGGCGAGGAGGAGCGAACCUCCCGCCCCCGGAGGAGCCGGGGCAAGGCAUGUGCGUGCGGGGUGGCGCUUCCCGGAGGCGCCCCGAGCCCCGGGCUGGCUGCGCGGCGGCGGGCGCACCAUGCCUGCGCCGCGGCUCCUCCUCUCCGCCUCCCCGCUCCACUCCCCGGCUGCCGCCUCCCGCAGCAGCAGCGGCGCUGAGCGACUUGAGGCUCUUCUGCCCGAUGUGGCAAGAAGCGAUCAUGAUGAGGAGGAGACGCCGCUACCUGCUGGAGCGGGCAGAGCAGCCGGGCGGCGGCUGCGGGGCGAGCGGGGAGCAGUCCCGCUCCCGGGACUGGCUCUACGAGUCCUACUACUGCAUGAGCCAGCAGCACCCGCUCAUCGUUUUUCUGCUCCUCAUCGUCAUGGGCGCCUGCCUGGCCUUGCUUGCCGUCUUCUUCGCUUCUGGGCUGGAAAUUGAAGACCAUGUGGCUUUUUUAAUAACUGUUCCAACAGCCCUAGCAAUUUUUUUGGCCAUAUUUAUCCUUGUCUGCGUAGAACCUGUAUUUAAGAAGCUGCUUCGUGUAUUUUCUCUGGUGGUCUGGGUAUGUCUUGUUGCCAUGGGAUAUCUCUUUAUGUGUUUUGGAGGAAUCAUCUGUCCCUGGGACCAGGUAUCAUUUUUCUUGUUCAUUAUUUUUGUGGUGUAUACCAUGCUGCCCUUCAACAUGAGGGACGCUAUAGUUGCCAGCGUCUUGACCUCUGCUUCUCAUACGAUUGUGCUGAGCGUCUGCCUAUCAGGUACAGCUGUUGUAAAGGAACACUUGGUUUGGCAGAUAUUGGCAAAUGUAAUAAUUUUUAUCUGCGGAAACUUGGCAGGAGCUUACCACAAACACCUCAUGGAACUUGCACUGCAGCAGACAUAUCAGGAUACAUGUAACUGCAUCAAAUCGCGUAUCAAGUUAGAGUUUGAGAAGAGGCAACAGGAGCGUCUUCUACUUUCUUUGCUGCCUGCUCACAUUGCCAUGGAAAUGAAAGCAGAGAUCAUUCAGAGGUUGCAAGGUCCCAAGGCAGGCCAGCUAGAAAACACCAACAACUUCCACAAUUUAUAUGUUAAAAGGCACACCAAUGUAAGCAUCUUGUAUGCAGAUAUUGUGGGAUUCACUCGCUUGGCCAGUGACUGCUCACCAGGGGAAUUGGUGCAUAUGCUAAAUGAGCUGUUCGGCAAGUUUGAUCAGAUUGCAAAGGAAAAUGAAUGUAUGAGAAUUAAAAUCUUAGGUGACUGCUAUUACUGUGUUUCUGGACUGCCUAUAUCUCUUCAAAAUCAUGCCAAGAAUUGUGUGAAAAUGGGACUGGACAUGUGUGAAGCCAUUAAGAAAGUGAGAGAUGCAACUGGAGUUGAUAUUAAUAUGCGUGUAGGAGUGCACUCUGGGAAUGUGCUUUGUGGCGUUAUUGGCCUACAGAAGUGGCAGUACGAUGUGUGGUCCCACGAUGUUACUCUAGCAAAUCACAUGGAAGCUGGAGGAGUCCCAGGCCGUGUUCACAUCACAUCAGUCACCUUGGCACAUUUGAAUGGAGCUUACAAAGUGGAAGAUGGGGAUGGAGAUGUGAGGGACCCAUAUCUGAAAGAGCAUAAUGUUAAGACUUACUUUGUAAUCAAUCCUAAGGGAGAGAAGCGAAGCCCUCAGCACCACAUUAGACCUCGACAUACUCUUGAUGGAGCCAAAAUGAGAGCCUCUGUCCGCAUGACCCGGUACCUGGAAUCUUGGGGAGCAGCCAAGCCAUUUGCACACUUGCACCACAGGGACAGCAUGACUACUGAAAACGGCAAGAUUAGCACAACAGAUGUUCCUAUGGGACCAUAUCAUUUUCAGCGUUGCAGAGAGAGAACAAAAUCACAGAAAAGAAGGUUUGAGGAGGAACUGAAUGAGAGGAUGAUCCAGGCCAUUGAUGGAAUCAAUGCUCAAAAGCAGUGGCUUAAAUCUGAAGACAUUCAAAGAAUAUCACUUCUUUUCUAUAAUAAGACUCUGGAAAAAGAAUAUCGAGCAACUACUCUGCCUGCAUUUAAGUAUUAUGUGACUUGUGCCUGUCUCAUAUUCUUCUGCAUUUUUGUUGUGCAGAUUCUUGUAUUGCCAAAAACAUCUAUUCUUGGAAUUUCAUUUGGGACUGCAUUUCUCUUGCUAUCCUUCAUUUUGUUUAUCUGCUUUGCUGGACAGCUUUUGCAAUGUAGCAAGAAAGCAUCAGCUUCAUUGUUGUGGAUCCUGAAAUCAUCUGGAAUAAUUGCGAACCGUCCUUGGCCACGGAUCACUCUGACAUUGACAACCACUGCUAUAAUAUUAACUAUGGCAGUAUUCAACAUGUUUUUCCUGGAUAAUGCCGUGAAAGCUUUUCCCUCAGUUCUUAAUUCAUCAAACACAAGUUUUCUUAAUUUGAGUAAUCAGACACGGUGGGGUAUACAAAACAACUGUUUUUUCCUACCGUAUUUUAUAUACAGCUGCAUAUUAGGACUCAUUUCCUGUUCUGUUUUCCUGAGGAUAAAUUAUGAAUUGAAAAUGGUGAUAAUGCUGAUUGCAUUGGUGAGCUACAAUGUUAUCCUUCUGCACACUCAUGGGCCCAUGCUGGAUGACUACAGUACAUUUAUGUAUGCUACAGCACCUCUCAGAAGGCCAGGGAUACUGAAAGACCUGAAGACAAUGGGCUCAAUUUCUUUGUUUAUAUUCUUCAUCACAUUACUAGUUUUGGGUAGACAGAAUGAAUAUUACUGUAGGUUAGACUUCCUGUGGAAGAACAAGUUCAAAAAAGAGCGGGAAGAGAUUGAAACCAUGGAGAACCUAAAUCGGGUGCUUCUGGAGAAUGUGCUUCCAGCCCACGUAGCUGAACACUUCUUGGCAAGAAACCUGAAGAAUGAGGAUCUAUAUCAUCAGUCAUAUGACUGCGUGUGUGUCAUGUUUGCCUCUGUUCCGGAUUUCAAGGAAUUUUAUACAGAAUCUGAUGUAAAUAAGGAAGGCUUGGAGUGUCUCAGGCUGCUAAAUGAAAUCAUUGCUGACUUUGAUGAUUUAUUGUCAAAGCCAAAGUUCAGUGGAGUUGAAAAAAUAAAGACCAUUGGAAGCACUUACAUGGCAGCAACAGGACUGAGUGCUACAUCCAACCAAGAACAGUGUCAGGAACCUGAACGACAGUAUAUGCACAUAGGAACCAUGGUGGAGUUUGCCUUUGCCUUAGUGGCGAAACUGGAUGUCAUAAACAAGCAUUCAUUCAAUGACUUCAAGUUACGAGUGGGUAUCAACCACGGACCUGUAAUAGCUGGAGUAAUUGGAGCUCAAAAACCACAAUAUGAUAUCUGGGGCAAUACAGUAAAUGUGGCCAGCAGGAUGGACAGCACUGGAGUCUUAGAUAAAAUACAGGUUACAGAAGAGACAAACAAUGUCCUGCAAACACUGGGGUACAUGAGUACUUGCAGAGGAAUAAUAAAUGUAAAAGGAAAAGGAGAACUGAAGACAUACUUUGUACAUACUGAAAUGACAAGAUCCCUUUCACAAGGGAAUGUGGCAUCUUGAAGAAUGCUUGUACGUUUCAUCAGUACCAUAUUUUCAGGAAAGUAUCACGCACUUUUAAACUACAUUUUGGCCCGUAACAUGCGUGCUAUUUUCUGGUAUGUGGCACUUAUUUUAAUAUGGCUGCAGAAUAGUCCCAUGAGCCAUCGUUUUGCACCUUGAUUUCCCAUGUUCAAGGACAGUUGCAAUGUACGCUAUAGGACUGGAAGAUUGUACUGCUACUUGCACUGUUAUUCAAAGACAAGGAAAGAAGGAACAGGAAUUAAAAGGAGAUAACUCAUCCUGAAAGGACUAAAAAGAGAUGUUAGUGACAAAUGCAGUGAAAAAAAAGGCAAUAAAGCUAGGGGUGCAUUCUAUUUUCUGAUGCAUGGUGUUUUUUUGAAAAUACAGUCGCUCCCCAAUAGCAUCCACUAAUCUGCUAUUAAAAUAUACAGUAUUUGUAAAUAAGUUUACUCUGUCCACACAUGAUUUGGAUGUGAUCACCAGUUGCAUCUCAUAGCCAGGGACACGUUGGGUGGCUUGCUGGCAUUCUUUCUGAAGAGAGAACUAACAAUGCUGGAAUAGUUUUGUACAAACGUGUCAAAUGUUUUGAAGCUAUUGUCUUUUGUAAGGUUAAUUCAUUAAAAGUUUAUAUGUACUUUGUCUUACUGUUGCUGUCUCUUGGUUUUGCUUCCUUCCAUGGCUUCUGUCGCUUUAAACCUGCACGUUCUCUGUUGCUGCCGCUGCUGCUUUUUAUUCAGCAGUUAGAAGUUGAAGGCAGGUUAUGGCCAGCUAUUUCAAUAGCUUGAGUCAUUAAUAUCUCCUAGGCUUGCUAUUGCCUUUCAGAAAUUGAAUCACCUCUCUUGUCUUCAGUCUUGGGUGGCAUCCUAGGCACUUUGCAGUCAUUUACUCCCUAUGUGAUACAGAAGACCUACCUCAAGUCCACAAACACAAGCAAAGUGAGGGAUGCUGGAGACAGCAGUAGUGUUGCUGCUUUGCAACUGGCCUGCAAUGCUCUAACAAUAACUAGGAGAAGCUGUACAAGAGACGAAAUGUUUUGUACAUUGACAACCUCUUUUGCCUUUGCAUGCCUUUCACUUAACCUUUAUAAUGCCAGAUUUCAUGGGAUAUUUAAAAUACUCUAAUUUAUCGGGACAUGAGUAUGAGCGGAAGAUACAAAAAAUACUACUUGGUGGAUAUUUGAAAUUAAUGUAAAUCUUGCAAAAUCCAAAAGUAUCACACUUGUGGAGUUUCAUAGACUAGCCAAGUGAAAGACUGAAAAAGCAGGUAAUUACUAUCUAUGCUUCUUUGAAUUUUGAAGCAUAGAUAGAAAAGAUUAAUUUUUGCUUUGCUAUAAUUAGUACUUGAAAUUUACAUAUUCUUUUAGUCAUAACAUCCUAAGAAGAUUAAAAUUAGUAAAAUCCUCCUAUUUACAGAAGAGCAUGUAAGUACAAGAGUUUUUUUCUGACUGAUAUCAUAUGAAUAUAGAAGUCAAUUUAUGCAUGAGUAGGUCUAGCAUGUUAUGGAAAUGUAAAAAUAUUCAGUUUUCUUAUUCCUGAAACAUAUAUUUACAUUUGUAUUGCAUUAAUGUCCUUUCAGAAGGAAUUCUCAAAACUGUGGGUCAUAAAUAAAUGGCAUGAGACCACAGUCUCACUGAGUGUGACGUGGUUUACUCACAGCAGUGAUCUGCCCACUAGCAAACUGGAAUGGCGGUAUAUUUCAAAAUGCCUACAUCUGCAGUCAGAAAGACAAUUUGAAUUUUGAUCCCUUUAAGUUAGUCUAAAACCAAAAUGCAAGUUAUUUAUGUCCAAAAUUGCAUGCUUGACCUCUCACCCAGAGCUGGAAACUUUUGAUCAGUAACUCUCAAGAUAGGUGCCUAGUCUAAUAAGAUUUCUUCCUUUUAAUUAAUCAUUUAAUUAAAUUAAAUAAUUUUGCAAUGGAGUGAAAGGCUUUCCAAUAGCUCACAUGGCAAGCAGAAACAGUGUCUCAGUCAUUGGCUAAAAGAAGCUAUCAUUUGUAGUUACACUUAAGACUUCUAAAUCCCUCCUCUCCAUUUACUAUAAAUUUGUCCGAGGAACACAUAAAACAAUUUUUAAUCUCUUUGAUUUUUAAUAUACUCUGGCCCCUUAAAAUCAUUCUGGUAUUAUCAUGGGUCAAAGCAAUCAUUUCAUACUUUGGAUGAAAAGCCCUUAUGUAAAGUUAGUUAUAUUGUAUUGUCAUACUUAUGUGCAGCUUUCAGGUAUAACCUGUACAUUCAGGAUUUUGCUUUUCAUUUGUAUUCUCGCGCAUCAGUAGCUAAUCUGGUACCUAACUUGAUAGCCUUUUUUCUCUGAUUUUGAUAAAAGUUAAACAGUAUUAUAUUUCUGCAAGCCAUGUGAAAGGCUAAAACAUUUGAAUGGUCAUGAACUGACUGGUCCAACAAAAUAUAAAGAUAUAUGCGUGCCCUCCAAGAGCAUGUUGGAAAUGCCCUUGUUCUCAUCACUCAUGUUUCAUUGGUAUUUUCAUUCAGUCAUUUUGUAGUUGCAUUCAGAUUCCUGUAGCCAAAUCCCGAUAAAUAACAAGAAAAUGGGCAAAAUAUGAUUAUAUACACAGUACGAUGCCCAGAAAAAGAAAGGUUCAUACUGUCCUCUCCCUGGCCUUCAGUUGCCGAGUAUGAUUAUUAUCUUUCUAAUACUGACAAGCAAUUUGUAUGCAAUAAACACUUUUUAUCUUCCAAUACAUUUUACAUCUACUGUUUAUAGUAUUUUAUUUUUCCCCUGUCUAGAUUGACCCAGAGUUCUUAUAUUCUUUUUCUUCCUCUCCUGUGGAUAUUUCAUUUUCCUCAAUUACUGCAUAUGACACUGCUCAUGUACCUGAGUGUAACUUGAAAAGCUUUAUGAAAACCAUACAAAUCAGUAUUCGACAUUCCAUACAGUCUACAUCACAGUAAGGCUCAAGUUCUGCGAUUUCUGUGUUGGUGCCAUGGUUCAUAACUUACUAGUGAACCACAAAGAGCAUGACUUCCACAAGUACAAUGCAAAUGUAUCACCUGGAGGCAGCAGCCAAAAGAUCAAUAUGAGUGCUUCACUGUGGUCUGUGAAAAUGAAAUCCAAAUGGGAACACCUGAGGAGCCUGCUGGAUUUUUUUUUAAAAUCAACACUUUGCUCCAAUUUAUGAAGUGCUACAGAAGUAGUUAGAAUUUCCUGUAAAUUAACACUAUUUAGAUGCUGUUUCUAAAGAGAGACAUUAGCAUCUUAUUUAUGCUGCCUGAAAAGCAUUUUUCAUUCUCCUUAAGUUCCUUUAUUUUUCCUCUAUUUUGAAAAAUUUCUACAGGCUUUCCCUUUUUGCACUGAGGCACAGGUAGGAGUUCAACCUGUUUGUUUCUAAAUACACAACUGUGCGCAUCUGAAGGUAGAGCUAUUGAACGUCUGUCCUGUUUUCUUUUCAGAACCUCACAUCAGGAUGAAUAAUUAGCUAUGUUGUCAGGAUGCUUUAUAUAGCAGCAGGUUCACUGUUAAAAACAAUUGCUACCUUGUCCUUUGGUAUGUGGUUUUUCUUUUUGGUUAUAUUUCUGUGUGAAGGUCUUUUAAUUUUUCAUUUUCAGAUAGCAGAUUCUCCAUCUUUUUUUACAAGUGGAACCCAAACAAUUUUAAGACUAGGGCUUUUGAGUUUUAUUUUUCCUUUCUUGUCUAGAAUAGUGGAGUGACCCUGGAGAAUAAACAAAUGUAGAAUGAGAUACCUGUGCCUUAAAUAAAACAUGUAAUUAAGAGAGUGGUUUUGUUCGUUGAAGUACUUCAAAUUUGUAUGUAUUUGUCAAAAGCAGAGUAUAAGUCACUUGUAGGUGGUUCACCCUAAAGGUGAACAUAAUAAUUUUAAAAAAUGUCACAUUUUGGGGCAGGGUUUUUUCCAGUCAAUGUAGUUUUUAAUAUGUCAAAAUGCAAGAUAAGGACAUUUUCAUCCUGUUUGCAGCUAUGAAGAUAUGAACUACAUUAUGUUGUAGGCUGCCACUAUUCAAAACAAAAAUUCUGCCAAGAAUUAUUGGAAAUUCUUUUAUUUAGUGUUUUUCAAAUGUAUUUGUAGUGGCCAUUGAGAUGCUUCAUGAAAAUCUCAAUUUUGACAGCAAAAAUAUGCAUGUGAAGUAUUUUGAAAGAUUGACAUUCCUGGGAUUUAAAUUUUCAUGCUUGCAUUCCAAAGCAGUGUUACAAAUAACAAUUGUUAUAAAGUAAUGUCCACCUCAUGUAUAAAAUUGCGUGUUACUCUACUUACCAAGAGGGUUAUUGAAGAGAAUAAUUGUCUGACAGUGAAUUGGAAUAUCCAGUCAGCAUGCAAAUAAUGAUUGAAAUUAUAUCACUCAACCAGUUAUAAUUUUUAUUGUUUUUAAAUUAUUAGAAUUAAAACUAUUAUAAUUACUUGAAAAGCCUAAUUGUCUAGUCAAGAAGGUGAAAUUGUAGUCACAAGCCAACAAAGAAAUGCUUACAAUCUGCAGAUCAAGGCUCAGUCAUAGUAAUUGUGCAGAGAAUUAUUUGAAUUAUUGAAACAAAAGAUAUACUCAAAGAAAAUUUUAAAAUUUUCAAGUAACUCCUGAACAACAAAAAAGAAACCCUGAAGACUGCAAGAGGUGUGCUGACUUCUGCAGGUGAUGUACAUCUGUCUUCAUGUCCUUCAGAAAACCUCUGAAAAACCUUCCCAUUUGAGACAAGCAGUCCACCACUGACUUAGAGUCUAAAAGAAACAAGCACUUGUGUGAAAUGACUGGCUUGGACUAAAGCUAUGGUAGUGGAAAGUGGACAGAGGUUUUGAGCCAUUUUUCUUUCAGCCUCUUUUUCAAGGGCCAUCAUAUGCUGUACUUGGCUGUCUCUCCUUUGAGGAUCAGCUGAGGUUCAGAAGCACAUGGCAAUCUGAUAUAUGUGGAGGCCAAACAGCAAGGACAGAAGAUGAAUUGCGAAGCUUUAAUUUGACAGCAGGCUAGCCACCUCAGCUCUGAGUGAUGUGAGUUUGAAACAGACAGGAGCUGUUUUCACCUAUGAUGCCAUUUUUAAAAGACCAGAGGGUUACAACCAAUAUCUUCACCGAUGUGACAGAGAACACUCAAAGAGUCGUGGUCUUAACUUUAAUGAGGAGGUAA